UAGGCAGUCACUGAAGCAAGCUAUGUCAACAUUCCUGUCAUUGCAUUCUGCAAUACUGAUUCUCCCUUGAGACAUAUUGAUGUGGCUAUCCCAUGCAACAACAAGGGUGCGCUCUCAAUUGGUCUGAUGUGGUGGAUGUUGGCCCGCGAAGUUCUGCGCAUGAGAGGAACUAUCAGCCGUGAUAUACCCUGGGACGUCAUGGUUGAUCUUUACUUCUACCGUGACCCAGCUGAGGUACUUAGUAGAUAUAUUUUAACCCAUUAACCUGUUAAGUUGCAUUGUGCCUCAAUGUGCCAUACUUUAUUAUGUUACUCCAUCUAACACAAGAUUAUUUUACUCUGUCUAAUGCCAGAUGAUUUUACUUGUCAAGAGGAGAGCACUGGAGCUCAUUGGAUUAAUUUGCCCAUAUGUUUGGUCAACCCAUUAAGUUGCACUGUGCCCAACUACUUUAUUACAGUAUCUUACUCUUACAGUAUCCUGAUAUCCAAAGGACACUAAAAUUUAGUUUUGGAUACAAAACUGUGAAUGACUUAUAUCCCAACUGGAUACUAAGAAAAUUUGUGUUACUCUGUCUCAAACCAGACUUGUCUGUCUUUGCCUCUUUUUAAAAUAUUGAGUUAAUAUUUUAAACUACUCAUUGCCAUACUAUUAUAGUCAUCAAGGGAAAACCAGACUAUCUUCCUAAGUCCCCUGUUAAACCAUUAAGCUGCAAUGAUUUUUACUUUGACCCACUUUACUCUGUCAGAGAUUUUACUUGUGUGUGUUUGAUGUCCACAGGCAGAGAAAGAGGAAACAACACCUGCUAUUGAAGAAACUCCAUUCCAAGCUCCGGCCACAGUAACAUCGACUGAUUGGGGAGCGGCACCCAGUGUGCAACCCGAGACUGCGCCUACCGACGCAACUGAUUGGGCAACCUUGUCUGAUACACCCAAGGAUGUAAGUAUCGCGCCAGAAAAAUGUUGUCAAUAAGACCAAAAAAAAUAUGUGGGUUUCCAGUUUCCUCUUGUAAAAACUUAGGUAAGGUAGGUCGGUUUUAACCUUUUUUUUUAACUUUUUUUUAAUUUUCCUAACAACCAGACGCCAUUUUGUUUAGUCAGUGCUUCCAUUUGCAAACAUAAAUUUCCCUAAUAUUGCCUCAAAUUUUCAUUUUCCACAAACGUUUUCCUCUAAGUGGAAACACUUACAAGCGUGAUCCAAUAAAAAAGUUUAGGGUCGGGAUUUUGGCGUCCAAAAGCUAGCUAGGGUCGGGAAACCGGAAACCCACAUAUUUUUUUUGGCCUAAGAAACAUUGCUUGGACAAUGGCUAAUAAUGGUCGGCCAGGCUUUUCAAUAUUUACAAUGAUAGCUCUAUAAAAACAACCGUUAUUCUUAUCCCUAAAUUUCACGACAUCAUUGCGGGGUUGGUGGGGAUAGAACUAUAUGGAAAGUCGCCCAUAACUGAACUUACGUUCUUUUCUUGCAGUGGUCUGCUGAAACAACUACUGGUACCACUACUGCAACUACAGGCUUCGGCGCACCAACCUCGACAGACUGGGGUGCGGAGGCUAGUGACUGGGCAGCCGCUAGUAGUACAACUACACCUGCAGAUACUUCCACUGACUGGGGUGCUACAGCUGGCGGAGAGAGCUGGUCUUGAACUACCACUUGUAACUGAACAUUAAAGGAAAGCAUUGAAGGAAAUUGCAUAAAAA